AUGGCUGAGAAGGGAGAAUUUUGGGGAGUCUUCACCAAGAAGAUGGCUUUUGCAGGAGAGAAGAAGUCCUAUGAAAAUUCAUGUGGGGGCCGAGACUGCAGUGAUGGCUGUAAAUGCUUUCCUGAGAAAGGAGGAAGGGGGCUACCUGGACCAAUUGGAACUCAAGGCCCAACAGGUCCUCAAGGAUUCGCUGGCUCUACUGGUUUAUCGGGGUUGAAAGGAGAAAGGGGCUCCCCAGGCCCUCUGGGGCCAGAUGGACCAAAAGGAGAUCAGGGUCCGAUGGGAGUUCCUGGCUUUCUUGGCAUCGAUGGAAUUCCAGGUCACCCUGGACAGCCAGGACCCAGAGGCCCCCCUGGCCUGGACGGCUAUAAUGGAACUAAAGGAGCAACUGGAUUUCCAGGCUCUGAUGGUUACCCUGGACUACUCGGACCACCUGGGUUUCCUGGUCAAAAGGGCUCUAAAGGUGAACCUGUCUUUGCCCAAGGUAGUCUCAAAGGAAUGAAGGGGGAUCCUGGGCUGCCAGGACUGGAUGGAAUCGCUGGCCCACAAGGGAUGCCUGGAUAUCCAGGGACGGCAGGACAUAUAGGACCACCAGGAUGGCCGGGUCCUCCAGGGCCUCCUGGCUUCCCUGGGCCUGAUGGGAAUAUGGGACUAGGUUUCCAAGGAGAGAAAGGAGCCAAGGGAGAUGUUGGCCUCCCUGGCCCUGCAGGACCCCCACCAUCUACUGGAGAGCUAGAAUUUAUGGGAUUUCCCAAAGGGAAGAAAGGAUCCAAGGGUGUACCAGGGCCUCCAGGUUUCCCAGGAACAAGUGGCCCUCCAGGUCUCCCGGGAUUUGGAACUACUGGAGAAAAUGGAGAAAAGGGAAUCCCUGGUUUGCCAGGACCUAGGGGUCCCAUGGGUUUCGAAGGUGUCCAAGGCCCUCCAGGAAAUCAGGGCAACAAGGGGUCCUCAGGUUUUCCAGGGCUGAAUGGAUUCCCAGGAACUAAGGGUGAAAAGGGAGAUAUUGGCCAGCCAGGCCCAGAUGUUUUCAUCGAUACAGAUGGCACCAUGAUUGCAGGUUAUCCUGGAGACCCCGGCAAGCCAGGCCCUCCGGGGCUGAAAGGAGACAGAGGCAUCCAGGGUCAUCCUGGCCUUGCUGGCAUCCCUGGCUUACCAGCUUUCCCAGGUAUACCAGGUGCCCAAGGACCCCAGGGAGUUCCAGGCCUGAAGGGGAACCAAGGAAACCGAGGCCGCUCUACAACUGGGCCAAUUGGUCCCCCUGGAAGAAAUGGUUUGCCAGGCCUACCAGGCUUACCAGGCCUACCAGGCUUACCAGGUCCAAUACUUGAGACUGGAACCCUCCAGAACACACAGCCAGGGUUCCCUGGUCUCCGAGGAGAACGAGGUCCAAAAGGAACCCCAGGCUUCAAAGGAGUAAAAGGCGACUCGGGUCUUUGUGCUUGUGAUGGUGGUGUUCCCAACACUGGACCACCUGGGCAGCCAGGCCCACCUGGGCCACCAGGUCACACAGGCCAUCCCGGCCUCAAAGGAACCAGAGGCGACCCAGGUUCUGGGGGAGAGCAGGGCCCCUCAGGGGCUCCAGGCUUAAUUGGGCCUCAAGGUCAUAUAGGACUCAAAGGAAAGAAGGGCGAACCAACUGUCAGUGCAGGAUCUAGGGUACCUGGAGAGCGGGGUGAUCCUGGCCCUCAGGGACAUCCUGGUAAGGCGGGUGCCUCAGGCAAGGACGGAAUACCAGGCUUACCAGGUCUUCCAGGUCCGCCAGGUGAUGGUGGACAAGGCUUCCCAGGUGAAAAGGGAUUACCAGGACUUCCUGGUGAAAAAGGCCACAGUGGCCCAGCUGGCCCCCCAGGAAUUGGGCUACCAGGGUCUCCGGGACCACGUGGGCUUCCUGGAGACAAAGGAAUAGAUGGAUUACCAGGGCAACAAGGCCCCCCUGGGCUUCCAGGUAUCACCUUGCCUUGUAUUAUUCCUGGAACCUAUGGCCCAUCAGGACUGCCCGGAGCUCCCGGAUUCCCAGGUCCUAAAGGGGUCCGUGGCCUCCCCGGGACCCCCGGCCAGCCUGGGUCGCAUGGACAUAAAGGAGAACCUGGCCAUCCAGGAUUGGUUCACCCACCCAAGUUUCCAGGGUUUCCUGGACUGCGUGGGGACAAGGGCUUGCCUGGGUUUCCUGGGCUCCCUGGAAAAGACGGCUCGCCUGGAAAAGUUGGCAGUCCAGGUUUACCAGGUUCCAAGGGAGCCCCUGGUGACAUCUUUGGCGCUGAAAUUGGAGCUAUGGGCGAGCAAGGCCUACAGGGAUUGCCAGGGGACAGAGGACUUCCUGGAGAUCCUGGCUUGCCAGGACCCAAGGGUCUGCUUGGGAAGUCGGGUUUGCUGGGCCCCAAAGGUGAACGGGGAAGCCCUGGAAAACCAGGCCAAGCAGGAUGGCCAGGCUCCCCAGGAUCUAGCGGCCUGCUGGGCAUCAAGGGCCAAGCCGGGCUCCCAGGAUUGCCAGGCAUUACAGGCACUUCAGGGCGUCCUGGAAAGAAAGGUCCAAGAGGAGAAACGGGUGCCCCUGGAUCAAGUGGAAGGAGAGGUCUGCCUGGGAUGAAAGGCCUCCCUGGACCCCCAGGGUUAACAGGCUUCCUGGGGAAUGCAGGCCCACCAGGGAUCACAGGGUUGCCAGGUCUGCCCGGCCCGAAGGGUGAGAAGGGGAAUGUUGGACCGGUAGGUUAUCCAGGAAUGCCAGGUCCCCCUGGUAUUCCUGGUGCAAGUGGCUUGAAGGGAAUUCCUGGAUCAGCUGGAAGAGUGGGACCAUCUGGAUGGGCUGGUAGCCCUGGCGAAAAAGGAGACAGAGGCGAACCGGGGCCAGUCGGAAGACCCAGUCCAAGACCACCCAUGCUGAAUGUCCAGCUCAAAGGAGACAAAGGCUCUCGAGGCUCACCUGGGUCUUUUGGAUUUCCUGGGCCCAGAGGUGAUAAAGGACAGCCAGGCCACCCUGGGCUCCCUGGCUUACCUGGAGCUCCUGGACUCCCUGGCACCAUCAAGGGAGUGAGUGGGAGGCCAGGGCCCCCUGGCUUCCCCGGACUACGGGGCUUGCAGGGCCUGAAGGGAUCCCCUGGGAUCACAGGUUUCCCAGGAAUACCUGGAGAAAGUGGUUUACAGGGUCUCAGUGGAGUUCCUGGGCUCCCAGGAAUAUCCGGUCUCCCGGGUUCAAAAGGAGAUAAAGGCCAGACACUCAGAACUCCUGGUAACCCAGGACCCAAGGGACAGCCUGGAGAGCCUGGUCUCAACGGUGUGAAAGGAAAAGCUGGACUAGUUGGUGAUGUAGGUUUCCCAGGAAACAAAGGUGAAGAUGGGAAAGUUGGUAUUUCUGGAGAUGAUGGCCUUCCUGGCUCCCCAGGACUCCCUGGGACUACUGGCAUGAGAGGAAACCCAGGGCUUCCAGGUUUACCUGGCCGUCCAGGAACAAGUGGGACCCUGGGACUCCCUGGCCUAAUAGGAACCAAAGGUUUCCCUGGACUUCCUGGUUUACAUGGACUGAAUGGUCUUCCAGGAACCAAGGGAAGCCAUGGAACUACAGGACCUAAUGUAACUGGUGUGCCUGGACCAGCUGGCCUACCUGGACCCAAAGGCGAAAAAGGCUCUCCAGGAACUGGUGUUGGAACCCCAGGGAAGCCAGGAAUAAAAGGACAAAAAGGUAGCCGAGGUCUCCCAGGUCUCCAAGGUCCUGCUGGUCAACCUGGGGCUCCAGGCCUCUCCUUGCCCUCAGUCAUAGCAGGACAGCCUGGCAACCCUGGGCGACCAGGCCUAGAUGGAGAAAGAGGCCGCCCUGGCCUCCCUGGCCCCCCAGGUCCCCCUAGACCAUCGUCCAAUCAAGGUGACCCUGGAGACCAUGGCUUCCCUGGCAUUCCUGGCCCUCAAGGGCCCAAAGGAGAUCAAGGAAUUCCAGGUUUUUCAGGCCUCUCUGGAGAACUAGGACUAAAAGGCAUGAGAGGUGAGCCUGGCUUCAUGGGGACUCCAGGAAAAGUUGGGCCACCUGGAGACCCAGGAUUUCCCGGAACAAAAGGAAAUGCAGGGCCAAGAGGCUUCUCAGGACCUCCAGGUGCACCUGGACAAACACCAGUUGCAGAAGACAUUCAGGCUCCUCCUGGACUCUCGGGUUUACCGGGCAUUGAUGGCACCCAUGGCCUCACAGGGGACCCGGGGGUUCAAGGUCCUGAAGGCCUACAAGGCUCCAGAGGUUUACCUGGCAUCCCUGGCAAAGAUGGUCUCAGCGGACUUCCUGGCCCGCCUGGGGCUCUGGGCAAUCCUGGUCUCCCUGGACUGCAGGGCCCUCCAGGAUUUGAAGGGCCUCCAGGGAAGCAGGGCCCCUACGGGAGACCAGGAAUACCUGGGCAGGGCGUGAGAGUGGGCUACACGUUGGUGAAGCACAGCCAGUCGGAACAGGUGCCCCUGUGCCCCGUCGGGACGAGCCAGCUGUGGGUGGGAUACAGCCUGCUCUUCGUGGAGGGCCAGGAGAAAGCCCACAACCAGGAUCUCGGGUUUGCUGGCUCCUGCCUACCCCGCUUUAGCACUAUGCCCUUCAUCUACUGCAACAUCAAUGAGGUGUGCCACUACGCCAGGCGCAACGAUAAAUCCUACUGGCUCUCCACCACCGCCCCCAUCCCCAUGAUGCCUGUUGGCCAGACCCAGAUUCCCCGGUACAUCAGCCGCUGUUCUGUGUGUGAGGCACCCUCGCAAGCCAUCGCUGUGCACAGCCAGGACGUCACCAUUCCGCACUGCCCCCUGGGCUGGCGCAGCCUCUGGAUCGGGUACUCCUUCCUCAUGCACACUGCCGCUGGCGCCGAGGGGGGAGGCCAGUCCCUGGUCUCGCCUGGCUCCUGCCUGGAGGAUUUCAGAGCCACUCCUUUCAUCGAAUGCAGUGGUGCCCGGGGUACCUGCCACUACUUUGCCAACAAGUACAGUUUCUGGUUGACAACAGUGGAGGAGAGGCAGCAAUUUCGGGAGGAGCCUGUAUCGGAAACGCUGAAAGCCGGACAGCUCCACACCCGAAUCAGCCGCUGCCAGGUGUGUAUGAAGAGCAUGUAGGAGGCACAUGUCACUCUGCCCUUUGCUUUCCCCUGCCCCACACUAUGGCCACCUCACAGAGUCUGAAGAAGGAAGGCCUAAACCCUUUGCCCACCUGUCAAGCUGCACAUUGGAGUCUCACUUAGGCUGGACUACUGGACACUGGCCACCCAACCCUCAGGCCCAAUGGGUGAGCUCAUGCUGCUGACAUCUGCAUCCCAUUUCAGUCAACUUGGUGCUACCCUUUGAUUCAGACGUUUGUGUGACUACUCAUGGCUACCUCAGAAAGACCUGCCAGGCCACCACUUUCUUAGACUGCUGUCUUGAUCAGAGGGAUUUUCAGAAUAGCGAAUAGGUCUUU